AUGAAGGGCCUUAACAUGUUGCGAGGACUAACAGUUUUUGUUGUAAUUGUUGCCAUUUCAGCCCCUACCAAUGCACAAAAUCGAAGGAAGCUCGACGAGAACACCUUGCCUGUACCACCUGGUUCAGUGAACAACUGUGGAAGCUGCUCAUCUUGCACUAACGCAUGCAACCAACUCCCUCCACCACCACCUCCUUCUCCUAAGAAGCAUACAAGCAAACACUGCCCUCCACUACCACCACCACCACCACCGUCGUCGCUCAUUUACAUACCCGGUCCACCAGGGAACCUAUAUCCCGUUCAGCGAUAUUUUUCGGGCACUGGCCGCAGUUUUGCCGUUGGGUUGCCACUUUGGAUUGGUAUUGGAUUGCUGGGACAGCUAGCUCUGUGGUGA